AUGCAAAUGGAUAGACCAGAAAAAGUAGACGCAGAAAUAAUCUCGGAGUAUAUUUACCCGCUUAUACUUGAAGCGGCGAACCAAGCCGCGGGUGAAUAUGUCACACAGAAUCCCCCUUAUUCAAUGACUGAUUUUGCAAGACAGCUUCUUGCACAACAAUGCUAUGAAGAUAUGACAAGGCGAGAGAAGAAGAUAUCGAAGUAA